CAGAGAGGCUUGUCACAAUCCAGGCAGCCCUGCCUCUUUAACUUCCCACAUGUGUCUGGGCUUCUAAAUCUGGCUGGCGACCAUAAGGCUGUAACUCAGUUCUAGCAGACUUAACAGAGAGGUGCAGAUUCUCUGGUCCCCAGGACUAGCACAAUAGAGCGGAAUACAGAAGCCUUGAAAGAGAAGGCAGGGAACAGAGUGUGCCUAGUGUCCAGGAAAUACCUCUCAACUUGGGCAGGGACUUGGCUGAAGAGUGUGUUUUUGGAAAAGCUGACAAGGGGGCUGCCUGGAGUCUUUUAGAGGAGGCCUCAUGCAGUUUUAAGAGGAGCUCAAUCUACUUUAUCUGCUUGAUACACCCUGCCUUAGUGAGAGCUCACAGACAACCAUAAAAGAAACAGAUUGUGCGGGAUUAAGAAAGAGAAAACUAUAUAAGGGGAAAGAUGACCCAAGAACAGUGCACACAUAGGAACAAUGUCCAGAGCUCAGAGAAACCACAUGUGUACAAAGUGGGGAUUUAUGGCUGGCGGAAACGUUGCCUUUACUUCUUCGUGCUCCUGUUAAUGAUCCUGAUCCUGGUCAACCUUGCUUUAACUGUCUGGAUUCUAAAGGUCAUGAACUUCACCAUAGAUGGAAUGGGACACUUAAGAAUAACAGAAAAAGGCCUGAAACUGGAGGGAGAUUCUGAGUUUCUCCAACCACUAUAUGCCAAAGAAAUCCAAUCCAGACAUGGCAGCCCACUGUUCCUGCAAUCCUCCAAAAAUGUGUCUGUCAAUAUCCUCAAUGGAAAGAAUCAGCUGGUCACACAACUUAUUGCAGGAUCCAGUGGAGUGCGUGCACAAGGGAAGUUGUUUGAGGUUAAAUCCAGCUCUGGAAAGUUGCUGUUCUCUGCUGAUGACCAGGAAGUGGUGGUAGGAGCAGAAAGGCUACGCGUGACAGGUGCCGAGGGAGCCGUUUUCAGCAACUCUGUGGAGACCCCACAUGUCAGGGCUGAGCCCUUCAAAGAGUUACGACUGGAGUCCCCCACACGGUCCCUAUAUAUGGAAGCCCCUAAAGGAAUACAAAUCCUAGCAGAGGCAGGCGACAUUCAGGCCACAUGUAGAAGUGAUCUACGCCUGGAGUCCAAAGAUGGAGAGAUCACUCUGGAUGCACAGAAAAUCAAACUACUGCAUCUACCGGAGGGCAAGGCUUCUCCCUCGGGGACCACCACCAGACAGACUGUCUAUGAAGUGUGCAUCUGUCCCAAUGGCAAACUCUUCCUCUCACAGACCGGGACUGGCUCUACCUGCCAGAUCAGCAACAAUGUCUGCCUCUAGAAUACACACAUGAAAACACACAUACAUGCACAAACAGCAACACAUAGAAAAACACAUUUACACGUACACAGAAACACACACCCACUCAACCAAGGCAAAAAAGCAGUACAUUAAAUGUAUUAUUUUAAAAGUUUUUCCUAUAACCGGUAAAUACAGUGAUACUUCAAUACCGUAUUAAAGUAUUAAAUUGCAUUUAUACAUAUUGUAUAACCCUGUUUCCAAAAAAGUUGGGAAGCUGCAUAAAAUGCAAUUAAAAAUAGAAGGCAAUGAUGUGCAAA